AUGUAUCUCCAAGAACCCCAAAUAACCCCCAACACCUUCUUCCACAUCACCCCCGCCUCCCAACCCAAUCAGGCCCCCGUCAUCAUCUACUUUAUAUCCGGAAACCCCGGCCUCAUCUCCUACUACCACCCAUUCCUAUCUUUUCUUUCCUCAAAACUCAGCUCCUGGGCCGAGAAGCAGCCAAAAUCGCAACAGGACACGACGUUCCAAAUCUACGGACGGAAUCUGGGUGGUUUUGAUAUCGGCCCUGAGGGCGAGAAUGCUGAAAAGGACGCACCGUAUUAUGGGCUUGAGGAGCAAAUUUGCAUUGUCCAGGAACGGUUGGAGGAGCUUGUGCAUUCAAAGGAUCGGGUUGGUGCAAAUCUACCUGGUGGUGCUGUGCCCAAGGUGAUUCUUAUUGGGCAUUCGGUGGGGACGUAUAUCGCCAUGGAGAUUAUGAGGAGACAUCGAGAGAGACGGUCUUCCGGGUUUGAUAUCGUGGGUGGUGUGUUGUUGUUUCCUACGGUGGUUGAUAUUGCAAAGUCGCCGUCAGGGCAGAAGUUGACGAAACUACUCUCCUUCAUCCCGAAACUCGCCCUUGUCGUUGGAAUCUUAGUUAGAAUUCUCACCAUGUUCUUGCCUGAUUUCAUCCUACGAGCCUGUAUCAACCUCGUUAUGAGUUCUCCUCCCAAAGACGCUGUCGACUCAACCCUAGCUUUUAUCAAGAGUAAACGUGGCGUGAGACAAGCAUUACACAUGGCCCGCGACGAAAUGACAACCAUCUCAGCAGACAAAUGGACCGAUGAUAUCUGGGGUAUAUCGACCAGCAAAGAGCCACCCGCUAAGCUCUUCUUCUACUUUGGUCGGAAUGACCAUUGGGUUGAGGAGAAGACUAGGGAUGAGAUUAUUGAGGUUCGGGGUAAGGUUAAAGGGGGUCCGACGAUGUUUGUUUGUGAUGAUGGACUGCCGCAUGCGUUUUGUCUGAAGCAUAGUGAGGUGAUGGCUACUAAGGUAGCGGAUAUGAUCAAGGAUAUUGUGAGUUGA